CUACUUCCUUGCUUUACUUGCGAAGGCAAAUAGUAGGGCAAACACACUGGUCUAUUGGGGGGGAGCGCGAUCAAACAUAGUACGGCUUAAUGGCUCUCAAGCUGCCGAGGCAUCGUCGGCAGGCGGUUCCUGAGCGUGAUUUGGCGGAUUCUGCGGCGCUGCCUGCGGAUCGAUACUCGAAGGAAGACAAGGGUGACAAGCCGCGUGAAAAGAACGAAAAGGGACUCCGAUGGCAGCUUCCAUUUCUGGCGCUUGGGCUAUUGCGCCACAUGAGUGCUUCUUCCAAUAUCAUCCACGACUGCGAUGAGGUUUUUAACUACUGGGAACCCCUUCACUACCUCCUCUACAAGUCUGGAUUCCAGACAUGGGAAUACAGUUCUGAGUUUGCGCUGAGGUCAUAUCUAUACCUUCUUUUUCAUAUGCUAGUCGCUGGACCAACAUCCUGGUUUUACAAGGAUGAAAAGAUUCAGGUUUUCUACAAAGUGAGACUCUUUCUUGGCCUUAUCUCAACAAUUACCGAGACUGUUCUGAUAGUUGCCCUUUCAAGGAAGUAUGGCAAAAGACUUGCAACAUAUACGCUUGCUAUGUUAUGCCUAACGAGUGGUUGUUUCUUUUCAAGCACAAGUUUCCUACCAAGUACAUUCUCUAUGUAUGCUGUUACACUUUCUUCUGCUCUGUUCCUUCUUGAGAAAUAUGCUUCUGCGGUUUCUGUAUCUGCAGCUGGAGUUCUCAUUGGCUGGCCUUUCUCAAUUUUGAUUUUUCUUCCCGUUACUAUAUAUUCAUUAAUCAAAGGGAGUUUCAAAAAAGUUUUUCUAUCAGGCUUAAUAACCUCUGUUUCUGUUAUUGUUCUAUCAGUAUAUGUUGACUAUUAUUACUAUGGAAAGUGGACAUCAUCAAUCUUCAAUCUGUUAAAGUAUAAUGUACUUGGCGGUGGGGAGAGUCAUUUAUAUGGAGUGGAAAGUGCUACAUACUAUUUGAGAAACGGUUUCAACAAUUUCAACUUUUCCUUCAUUCUUGCUCUUCUUUUUGUGGCACUUCUGCCUAUUACAUUGAAAAAGUAUACCCCAGAUCUGCUAGUUGUGGUCUCACCUAUAUAUAUUUGGUUGGCAUUUAUGUCUUUGCAGCCGCACAAAGAAGAACGGUUCCUUUACCCAAUAUAUACACUUAUAUGUGUUGCAGCUACAGCUGUAAUUGAUAUUUUUCCUGAUAUUUUCCGUGAUAGGUUUUCAACUGAAGAGUCCUUCAUGGUCAAGGUUGCUAAGGUUCUUAGACCAGUUUUUCUUGGCCUUAUUUUGUGCGCAUCUCAUAGUCGCACAUUCUCGUUGUUGCAUGGAUAUUCUGGCCCUUUGGUGAUCUACAAGCAUUUAGAACAUCAUGAAGAUGCCAGUCCAGGUUCUAUACUAUGUGUGGGAAGUGAGUGGCAUCGCUACCCUUCUUCCUUUUUCAUUCCAUCAUAUGUGAAGGAAGUCCGAUGGAUUGAUGAUGGCUUCCGAGGUCUUCUUCCAUUCCCCUUCAAUUCUACCUUAGGUGGCACAGCUGCUGCUCCAUCUUAUUUCAACAAUAAGAACAAAGCUUCUGACAUGCAAUACCUCCAUGAUAUAGAUGCAUGCACCUUAUUUGUGGAACUUGAUCUCAGAAGACCUCACCCUUCUCGGGGAAGAGACUUGUCAAAAUGGGAGACCUUGGCAGCUGUACAUUAUCUUGAUCGGGAGCUUUCACCUGCCAUCUAUCGAUCAUUCUUCAUCCCCUACAGCUGGCAUUACAAGAAUGUCUUUGGAUUAUACAAGUUAUUGAGGAAGAUACCUCAGAACAAUGUGGAUCAAGACUAGUUUUACUACAAGUAAGCUACUUUCUGCUAAAGAAUUCCCUGAAGAUGGAAUCUGAAAUGGGUAUUGUUGAUCAUCUUGACGCCAACUUUACUUUUCUUGUAGUUUUAGACCUCAUAGGUUUAGCCUGCCAGCCAUUGAUCUCCUUCUAAUAUUUUCUAAUUUUAUGUCA